GGACCCAUGAGAGACAUGCGCACCGUGACAAUAAUACUGAAUCCAAUAUGGCGUUCUGCUGAUUGAUUUGCUGUCUGAGUUGUGUUUCUUCCUCGUCAUAUAUAAUUGACUUCUUCAUCAUUUUAGUACAAGCAUAUUGGUAUAAAAUAUUUUGAUAUGUUCUAGGAAAGAUAAAUCGAUAAAGGUAGUUAUUUGACCAUAUUGUGGCAUAUGUAAGCACGAAAACAUAAUCGCAAGAAAAAAGAUUGACAGCAGCAGGUCAAGUUUUAGGCCACUAGUUUUGGAGUGUAGUAUUGUCCAAUUUGAUAUAAGUUUAUUUAGGCAAUUUUACAGUUAAGAGUAUGGCAAGUAAUGAAGAAUAUGAUGUCGAAGACAUAACGCCGUCAAAUUCGCCUGAUAAUGACAGUGAUGAGGAUGAAGAUGAUGCUGUCCCGCCACGUCCAGCAGGGAAGAGAAUCGCGCACAAGGAAAUGAGAAAUAUCGAUGACGAUGUAGGACAAGAAGCGGCACCGGUUGAAGGCGAAGAUCAAAGCAAAGAUUUUGAGAAUGGAGAUGAUGACGAAAGGCCUAAAGAUACAAGUUUUGAAGAUAUUUCUGGGGAUGAGGAAAAUGAGGCAUUCAGUGCUGGCGAGGAAGAGUCAGAAGAUGACCAAGCCGUCACUGGAUCACCCGAGAACAGUGUCAACAUAGCUGAUAAAGAAAGUGAUGUGUCCGACAAUGAGGAAUCCACGCAGGUUGAUGAAUCAAAGCAUUUAUCUGAUGUAGAUGACAAUAAAGAAGAAUCCCCAAAUCUUAAUGAAAACACAGAAGAACAACAAGAUCAUGCUGAUGCUGAUUAUAUUGAUGCUCCAAUUCCAUCUCCAUUCAGUGACAUUGGUGACAUUUCAGGAGCAGAAAAUGCAAUGAUUACAGACAUUUUGAAAGAAACCAACCGAGCUGAUCAUAUAUCUCCUGAACUUGAAGGAUUUGCUCAUAGUCUUGAAAGUACAGAUGUUUCACUACCAGUUGCUUCCCCUAAAAGCAAAAAGAACAAAGAAGAAAAUAAGGGUACAGAAUUACCUGAAAGUCCAACUGAACCAAAAGAAAGCACAAAUGAGGAAGGAAAAGAUAACAAAAAGGAUAAUGAAAAAGAUGAACAAGUUCCAGAGGGACAGGAGCAAGGUGGUGGUGAUGUUGGUGGCUUAAUAGCAGACAUCUUUGGGGACAGCGAUGAAGAAGAUGAGGAAUUUGAGGGCUUUGGAGAAGAGGAAUUAAAAACAGAAAGAAUGAAAUUGAAGUCACGGGCCAUCAUAUCAGAUGACGAAGAUGAUAGUGAUAUUGAUAUUGCUGGUCCUGAGCAGGGUGGAACUGCCCCUGAAGCUGAGAAAAAAGAUGAUGCUGAACAGGAAAUCGGAAGUGUACCAAUGCCUGAAGAUGAGGAAAGUAGCGAUGAUGACAGACCAUCCGACAGACCAGAAAUGAUAUCAGAUUUUGACCUAAUGAUGCAAAGAAAAAAGGAGGCCAUGAGCAGUCGCAGACGAAGGAAAAGGGAUUUUGAAAUAAUUAAUGAUAAUGACGACAUCAUUGCUGCAAUGAUCAGGAAUAUGAGAGAAGCUGCAGAGGAGGAUCGUUUGUUGAAUCAGGCUGGACGAGCAGCAACAAAAAAGUUAAAAAUGCUGGACAGUGUUGUAUCACAUUUGAACAAAGCCGACUUGCAGCAUACUUUUAUUGAUGGUGGUGUGUUACCUGUGAUGAAGGAAUGGCUUUCUCCUUUGCCUGAUAACUCCUUGCCUCAUAUAAUGAUUAGGAAACAGUUUUUAAAACUACUUUCAGAGUUCCCAGCACUAGAUUCGGGUGCGCUGAAAAUGAGCGGCAUCGGAAGGGCGGUCAUGCUUCUCUACAAACAUCCAAAAGAAACAAGAGAAAACAGAAACCUUGCUGGAAAAAUAGUUGCACAAUGGGCAAGGCCCAUCUUUGGAGUGCAAACUAAUUUCAAAGAUGUUAGCAGAGAAGAGAGAGAGGAAAGAGACAAAAUAAAUGCAGUUGAAUACAAGAAGAGGAGAUUAAGUUCUACCGAUGAGUAUGCUGGGGACGGUUCUCAAGAUGAGAAAAGACCGCGAAGACCUGGUGAUAAGGGAUUCAUUGUAAGAGCCCGUGUGCCGAGACCAUCAACAAAGGAUUACGUCAUAAGGCCAAAAUCGGAUGUCGGUGGUUUAGGUGAUAUGAUGGGGACUAUGAAGAAUUCGAAGAAAUCAAUGGACAGAUUUGAAAAGCAGAUGCGAAAGUUUAAAGAUCGCAAAAAGACGGGAGGGUCGGCCACGAAAGCUGUUUCAAUUAGUAUAAACGGUUCAAAAAUGGCUUUAUGAUACAUCUGUGAAGUCCAUAGUCAAAUUAAGUGGGCCAUUCACAAGCUGAUUGGUGGUGUUAUCAACAUGCUGCACGCCUCAUAUUGUGUAGAAUUUUGAUGAAGCAUGGAAAUCUAUGAAGCUGGCUAAUGCACAUGGUGGUGAUAGACAAUUGAGAGAAGGCAAUAGAUUGUUGCCUUAAAAAAGACAGCCUGGUGCACUUCUGCGCACGUGCAACUAUUUAAUGCUGAGAAGACUUUUCGGCAUACACUCUCUGAAAUUCUUCGUAGGAGAAACUUCGACGUUAUCAAAUUUGAUAGGCUCCUGUUUUAAUUCCAGGAACUUGAAGCUAUUUUAAGCUCUCCGCGAUAGACUUUAAUAUUAAAUGAUAUUGUGCCUGCUUGCUUAAACUUAGAAAUUUUUAGGGUUUUACGAAAUUUCUCUAUUUUGUUUCUAUGACCUGUCUCGCAGACUUUGUAUUUACAGAAAAAGUACGAAACACCCAAGAAUGAAUCGAUGCAAAGUAAUUUGAAGUAUCUUUUAGGAUUUAAAUUUAGUUUUCAUGGAUUUAUUUAAAGGAUCGAAAUGACGAUGUUUAUUUUGCA